AUGUCCCGCGCAAGCAAGAUCUUUCUCGCAUCCUCCAUGGCCGUAUCGGCAUUCACAGUAUGGGGCGUUCAUUUCCUGCAAGAACGAGAAUCCAACACAAUGUAUCAAGGUGUCCUCCGAGACGAGGCCCGACUCAAAGACAAGGCCUUAUCGGCCGCAUCAUCUGCCAUCUCCAAUAUCUCCGAUACAUUGACGCAAGCGUCCGGAUCGUCCAAUACGCCCCUCAAUACGCCGUCGAGCCCAGCGAGGGCUCCGGGGGUACAUGUGCCGAGUCCAGGCGCGGGAGGAGGAGGAGUCAAGCAACCAGAGGCAGUGAUGGAUGAAGACUGCGAUACGUGUCGGAUCUCACCGCCGGCGGCGCUGUUGGAGGCGCAGUCGAAGGAUGCGAGGCGGGCAGAGAGGGAGGCGAGGGAGGCGGAAUACAAGCAGCAGAGAAGUCUGGCGGGGCGGUUGGAGAGGGAGCAAGGGGUCGGGGUGGGGGAUGGGCAGACGGGCGGGGGCAGGCUGGUAUAG